GUUUAGCGGCUGCGGUCUCGCUCGUUGGUCUUCGGUUCUUUGCGCCGCCUGGGGCAGUGCCUCAGCUGAGCAGCUUGGGCACCGUCAGCGGGCUGCCUUGCUCUGCGCGAAGCCCUGGCCCCGGCGGCCAGGGCAUGGGCCAGGGUCGUGGGGCGAGGCGGCUUCUGGCGGGGCCGUGACCUGCACCAGCUUCAGCAUGAAGACCCUCAUAGCAGCGUACUCUGGGGUCCUGAGAGGUGAGCGUCGCAGCAAGGCUGCCCGAAGUGAGGGCUCCAGUGGAAGAUCCGUGCUGUCCCGUGUUGGGUCUGGAAGAUGGGGUACUGGAUCCAGCAUUCUCUCCGCCCUCCAAGAUCUCUUCUCUGUCACUUGGCUGAACAGAUCCAAGGUGGAAAAGCAACUUCAGGUCAUCUCAGUACUACAAUGGGUCCUGUCCUUCCUUGUACUGGGAGUGGCCUGCAGUGCCAUCCUCAUGUACACAUUCUGCACUGACUGCUGGCUCAUCGCUGUGCUCUACUUCACCUGGCUGGCCUUUGACUGGGACACCCCCAAGAAAGGUGGCAGGAGAUCACAAUGGGUACGAAACUGGGCUGUGUGGCGCUACUUUCGAGACUACUUUCCCAUCCAGCUGGUGAAGACACAUAACUUGCCAACCACCAGGAACUAUAUUUUUGGCUACCACCCCCAUGGCAUCAUGGGCCUGGGUGCCUUCUGCAACUUCAGCACAGAGGCUACAGAAGUAAGCAAGAAGUUCCCUGGCAUAAGGCCCUACCUGGCCACACUGGCUGGCAACUUCCGGAUGCCUGUGCUUCGAGAAUACCUGAUGUCUGGAGGCAUCUGCCCUGUCAAUCGGGAUACCAUAGAUUACUUGCUGUCGAAAAAUGGGAGUGGCAAUGCCAUCAUCAUCGUGGUGGGAGGUGCAGCAGAGUCCCUGAGCUCCAUGCCUGGCAAGAACGCAGUUACCUUGAAGAACCGCAAAGGCUUUGUGAAACUGGCCCUGCGACAUGGAGCUGACCUGGUUCCUAUCUACUCCUUUGGGGAGAAUGAAGUGUACAAGCAGGUGAUCUUCGAGGAGGGCUCCUGGGGCCGAUGGGUCCAGAAGAAGUUCCAGAAGUACAUCGGCUUUGCCCCAUGCAUCUUCCAUGGCCGAGGCCUCUUCUCCUCUGACACCUGGGGGCUAGUGCCCUACUCCAAGCCUAUCACUACUGUUGUGGGCGAGCCCAUCACCAUCCCCAAGGUGGCACACCCGACCCAGCAGGACAUUGAUCUAUACCAUGCCAUGUACAUGGAGGCCCUGGUGAAGCUCUUUGACAAGCACAAGACCAGAUGUGGUCUCUCGGAGACCGAAGUCCUGGAAGUGAACUGAUCCAGCCCUUGGAAGGAACCGACUACACACUGUUUUCUACCGAGCUCUCAAGUGCUUUUUGUUCUGUAAAUUUGGAAGCGUCAUGGGUGUCUGUGGGUUAUUUAAAAGAAAUUAUAAUUUGUUAAACCAUUACAAUGUUAGGUGUUUUUUAAGAAGGCAUAAGUCAAUAUUUUAAAGCUCUUUCACUUCUAGUAUGUCCUGUUCUAGGUCGUGGCUAACACAUCUGGGCCUUUAUGGUUUCUCAACCAAACCCUCAGGUUCCCUUCCUAAAAUGAUGAAAUGAGAAAACUGGGUUCUGGUAAAUUGGGGGAGGGUGACCAUUUAGUGAAUCAAGUCGGUUAGAUGCUUCAUUCUUUGUUCCCAGGCAUGAGAGGCAGAGCCCACUUCUAACACAAACAUCUCUAUCUCCACCACCCCACGCUUAAGUGAAAGUCUUGGUCCCUUUUGCCCAGGGGAAGACGUGGAGGGCACAGCUGUCCCCACUUUGGAAGGGCAGUGGUGAGCACCCAGAAUGCUCCAGCUUGAGUCUCCUCUCUGUCCCUGACCUGAACCCUCCUCUGUCAAAUCUCAGGCUAGACCAGCUGCCAGUGAUAGUAUGUGAGGGCAACACUACUGCAGAGACACCAUGUCUUGGAUUCUCCAGCCCUGCGUGUUGUUGGAGUAACUGGCUUUGCUCAGGAAGCUGAUGGCGUGGACUGCACUGACUCAGUCUUAUCUUGGAGCAUGUCCUUCCCUGUGGCCUCGGUUUGCCCAGGUCACACCCUAAGUCUGGUUACAGAAGGGUCUGCCCUUCUGCAUAGCACACUGGGUCCAGGAGAGGAGGUCCUGAACCUGAGCCUCACAUCUUUGUGCCUUUCUGAGGGGCUUGGAGCCAGGGAGGCCCCUCCUCUGUAUGUUGUUUUCUUUCCAUGAGAUCAUUGUUCCGUGUCAGACUUUUGUAUAUUCCUAAACAAAUAAACUGAAAAAAGAA